AUGCCUAAAAAAUCUAUAGAAGAAUGGGAAGAGGACGCCAUUGAAUCGGUUCCAUAUUUAGCAAGUGAUGAAAAGGGCUCUAAUUAUAAGGAAGCUACACAAAUUCCAUUAGAUUCGAAGCAAUCCGAAAUUGAAAAUCAUCCAACAGUAAAGCCAUGGGUGCAUUUUGUUGCCGGUGGUAUAGGAGGUAUGGCAGGUGCAGUUGUUACAUGUCCCUUUGAUUUGGUGAAAACUCGGUUACAAAGUGAUAUAUUUUUGAAAGCAUACAAAUCGAAAGCCGUUAACAUCAGUAAAGGGUCUACUCGUCCGAAGAGUAUUAAUUAUGUCAUUCAAGCUGGAACUCACUUCAAGGAAACAUUGGGAAUUAUAGGCAAUGUGUAUAAACAGGAGGGUUUUAGAAGUUUGUUUAAGGGUUUGGGCCCUAAUUUAGUCGGGGUUAUUCCAGCGAGAAGCAUCAAUUUCUUUACUUACGGCACCACUAAAGAUAUGUAUGCUAAAGCGUUCAAUAAUGGCCAAGAAACGCCUAUGAUUCAUUUGAUGGCUGCUGCAACUGCAGGUUGGGCAACGGCAACGGCAACUAAUCCUAUUUGGUUGAUUAAAACGAGAGUGCAGCUUGAUAAAGCCGGGAAAACGUCAGUUCGGCAGUAUAAGAACUCUUGGGAUUGUUUGAAAAGUGUUAUAAGGAAUGAGGGUUUCACCGGUCUAUACAAAGGUUUAAGUGCUUCCUAUUUGGGUUCUGUUGAAGGAAUACUUCAAUGGCUAUUAUAUGAACAAAUGAAGCGUUUAAUAAAGGAAAGAUCUAUUGAGAAAUUUGGAUACCAAGCCGAAGGUGCAAAAAGCAAAUCAGAGAAAGUCAAGGAGUGGUGCCAAAGAUCAGGGAGCGCUGGCCUUGCGAAAUUUGUAGCUAGUAUAGCAACAUAUCCGCACGAGGUUGUUAGGACAAGAUUAAGACAAACACCCAAGGAGAAUGGUAAACGAAAGUAUACAGGUUUAAUACAAAGUUUCAAAGUUAUAAUUAAGGAGGAGGGACUCUUUUCAAUGUAUAGCGGGUUGACCCCGCACUUGAUGAGAACAGUUCCGAACAGUAUAAUUAUGUUUGGUACGUGGGAAAUUGUUAUAAGGCUACUAUCGUAA